AGUCCUGUGGACGAAUAACGACGAGCAUUUCCCCACCAUUCGCUCGUUUACUUCUUCGUAUUGAAGUGGUGAAAUCAAUUGAAGGAAAAAUCGUACAUGGAUUAGGAAAAUGAACGAAUGUUUGCACAGCAAGGACGAUAUGAAUGAUUCAUCGACGGUCAUCGAGCGGCAGCUCGAUAUGGAUGUAACUCUCGAGGACAACAAUUUGAAAGUAUUGCCAAUGCAAAAUGUGGCACGACAAGAUUCGGGAGUACCAGAGGAUCUUGUAUCUCCGGUUUGUGAUGCUAACAAUAAAUCAUUGGACGACGAGGAUCCAGAUUGUACUAUGAACAGUGAUUGUAAUAUUACGGUGAUACACGUUACGGAAUUGGAAAAUCGUAAUAAGGAAGGGGAUAGAUCUUCGUCUACGUCUUUGGUUAAUGUCGAUAGAAAAGAGUAUACGGGUGAGAGUAAAGAUAGCAAAGAUGGAAGCGAUAGUGGAGUCGAGGGUUGCGCUACUGAAGUACCAAGAGUACGUAGCCGAAACAGUAUAGACUAUGCCAGUAGUUGUGGUGGUCUUGACGAAGCUUCCUGCGAUUCGAGUUUAGUCAGUUGUUGUUCGGUAUACGAGGAUCCAUGUGCGACGUUACCUGAUGACGUUAGAUUAACAACAGGUGGCGAAGGUACAAGCGAAGGUGGUAGCGAAAGUUCAUCGAUAGCUGGUAGCGUAUCAGCCAGGGCAAAUCGUAGUAGUAACGUUAAAAGGACCUCGACUGUUUCAAACUCGAGUAAAAAGAAAACGAUUAAUAGCGAGACACCGAAGACGAGCCGUGUGAAGCCAGCUCUUUUGAAUGCCAAUUACGUACCAACGACUCCACGUUCGAAACCAAGGAUCAAUACGCCAAGAAAUAUUAUUGGUAAAACGCAACCGGUGAUUAAAGACAGAGCAAGAUCAAGGGAAAAAUCAGGUGCAAGAGAAUCGAAUUGCGAUAGUAGUACAACAACCGGUAAUACUCGUAUGUCGUCAAAUUUUCGUUCUACCACUGGCACGGCACAACAAAGAACGAGAACAAGACCAAUACCACCAGAUUCACUGCCUUCGGUUUUGACUACAGAAAUAAAUAAGGAUCUUGCUCAACGCGGUAGUAAAGGUGGUUCAAGUGGUUCAAGAUCCCGCGGUGGUUCUAGUACUAGGAUAACAACACGUACACCGGGCUCAACUCCGUCCGAGGAAACACGAAAACCAUUGCCAACUUCACGUACACUUUAUAAUAAUAAUAAUAAUAAUAAUAAUAAUAAUAAUAAUAAUAAUAAUAAUACCGGUAGAACAGAACCGGUUAAGAAUUUACGUUUGGAUAAAAUGACUAUUAGUUUGGACAACAAAGCAUUGGAUGCUUAUGCGACAUUACCACGUAGAAAUAAGAAUAAAAUGACGAUUGUUAAAGGUAACGAGAAGACUGACAAAAUGGUCAGGAGUAGAUCUGGUAGUAGAGAUGGUAGUAUUGGUAGACAACCAGAUAAAAAGGCGCUAAGUAUUAGGGAUUCAGUUCAUAAAAGUUUACCGCCUUAUCCUAGAAAUAAACCAAUCGAAAAGACAAGGAUUUAUCAUGAGAUUGGAAUACAAACGGGUUUAACCGGGAACGAUAUAGACAAUGCAUUGUCUGGUAUACCUAGUGCCGUACCAGGACCCGAUAUAAUCGAACGUUUGCACGAGACUGUUCAGACCGAUGGCACGUGGGAGGAUAUGCAGACAAUGCAGAAUGAUUUGAAACGUUUGAACGAGGAAACUAAUGUAAAGAAGGAAGAGAAUGAUAAGCUCAAAACUGAAAUAGUCGAGGUUAAACGUCUUUUGGAGGAAGAACAAGCCGAUCAUGCAUUUGCAAGGCAAGAAUUAGAUAGAAAUGCACGAAGAGUUUUGGCUAUGUUAGGUACACCGCAAUCGGAACAUGCAGAGGGUAGCGACAGUUUCUUAGAAUUGGAAUCUCAUUUGCAAUCUUCGGGACAAGUUGUUGCCAAUCAACAAAUUGAAAUAGCCGAUCUACAAUCACUUUGUCGUAUGCUUAGCAGGGAUUUGGAAAAGAGUUUAGCGGCGCAAAAAGCAUUGUUACAGCAACAGCAAGAAUUGGAGGCGGAGUCCGCGGAGAUGCAAGAUUUUCUUCAACAAGAAAAAACAACUCUGGCAGACGCGUUAAAGGAUGCCGAGAUCGAGCUAAAGAAAAAGGAAGAAGCAUUGACUCAACGAGAGGCGGAAUUGGAAAGGCAGACGGAAGAAUGUAAACAUUUAGUCCGAAUCAGUGAACAGCGAAGGCAAGAGAAUUUGUCAUUGAACAUGAAAUUAAAUGCGGUCGAACGAAAAGGUAGAGAACUAUUAUUAACCCAAGGUGCUACAAUAUCUGGCGCAUCGGUGGCACUUUCAGGUCUUGGAACACGAUUGGAGGGAUUGGUAGAUCAAUUAAUAACAUCUUACAAUAUUUCAGUGAAAGAUCUCGAGGAUGUGGUAUAUCAUAACGAAGCAUACAGUCGAAGCAACAGUAGUAUAGAAUCGAGUCCUGUUAGCUCAAAGAAUAGCUUAAAAGAAUGUACUCCUAGUCCAAAAAGUGGUUCCUUUGUUUCCGCUGUUAUCGGUGCUAUCCGUAACGCAGCGACACAUCCUUUCGUAACAAAGACUGUGGAUAAAAAGUCAUCAAUAGAAUCGACGAAACAAAUGUAUAAAGACAUAAGUAUGGACUCGUCUUCCGAUUUACUUGAUUUUGAAACCGAACCAUGUUUAAUGAUGGAAAGCGUAUUGGAAGAUGUUACAUUGCCGGAUACUUAUUCGCACAAUAUGAUAUCUAGUAGCGAUUCUCUUCGUAGAGCUUUAAGCUUUCCGGAAACGGUCGAUGAAAAUAAUAUUAAGAAGACGAAAGCAUUAGACGAAUGUACGAGUUUAACGAAUCUCACGCAAGCUAUAUUACAUCGUAGGAAAGUACAGGACGAAGAGGAAGAUGAUUGUGAAUCCAUAAGUGAAUCAGACACUGGGACCAAUGACGGACCACUUCCUUUAACGGAUUAUUGUCCAGCAGUAAGCCUUGUCGAUCAAGUAAUAGACGUUGAUAAUCUAGUUACGAAACUUUUAAAGGUGUUGCGAAUAAUACAGCUUGAAAAUGAUACGUGUAUACAAGAGUUAAAGGAAGAUAAAUGUGAGUUAGAAACAAAAUUAGAAGUUGCCUUGACCGAAUUAGAUGAGCUACGUAAGAUCGUAGAUAGUACCUAUCAAUCCGAAGACAUUUUAUGCAAUGUGCCAGAUCGAAAGCGUAGCGUCGUGGAAAAUUGUCGUCUUCUGAUUAAGGAGAUGUCAAAUGGAAUAAUUCCUCUAUAGGCGGGUAAGGAGGAAUUAAAAUUUGAUGAGCCCGCAGACGCUAAUAAUAGUGGCUCCCCAGAAGCUAAAAACUGUGAGGAUCUCAACGCAAACGAAGAAGCCGAAAUCUCCUCUUAAGUAAUAAAUUUUUGAGUAUUGACAAUGUUAUAACAUUUAUGUGCAACCAUUUUUUUUUUAUAUAUAUAUAUAUAUAUUUUUUUUUUUUCGUCUUCUUGCUCUCCUUUUCGUUUUCUUUCUAUCUCUUUUCUUUUCUUUCUUUUGGUUUUUCGAUGUUCUUUUUUCUUUUUUCUUCUUUUUCUUUUUCUUUUUCUUUCUUUUUUUUUUUCUUACCUUUUUCUUUUUUUGUACUUUUCAAUUUAAUUGCUUCGUGUAAAAAAUGGAAACACCUUAGACGUCCUUUAUUCAUCGUUAUUAUUUAUAAAUGUUGCCAUGUCAGAAAUUAUUUACGUGUCUUUUAUAACGACAAGAUUAACGAAUGCUUGUAAUGGUAGUUUUGUACAGUUCGUGUCUUUUCUUUCUUUCUUUCUUUUCUUUCUUUUCUUAUUUUCUCUUUCUUUUUUCCAUUUUUUUUUUUUUUUUUUUUAUAUAUUCUCAUACUCGUAUCGACGAUUCUCACAUUAUCACAUAGACUGUGUGUUUUCUUAAUCACAGGAAAAUAUCUUGUAUAUAGUGAACAAAUAUUGACGACACUAAUUAAUUAAUUAAUUAAUUAAUUAAUUAAGAAAGAAACAAAGAAAAAAAAGGGGGAAACCUCCCUCCAAAAAAGAAAAAACGAAUAGAAAAGAAAUAAAAAAAGAAAAAAAAAAAAAAAAGAAAACAAAACAAAAAACACAAAAAAAGGAACAAAUCAAUAUUCGCUCGUAAAAAAAAAAAAAAAAAAAAAAAAAAAAAAAAAGCUCGAAAUUAGAUUGGAUUGAAUCGAGCGUAGAUUUUAAAAAUGAAUUGCCCUUUUAGAUCAUAUUGAUUAAAAAGAAAGGAAUAAAUAAUAUAUUCUGCUCUCUUAAAAAUUAUUCGUUACAUUCGUAGAAUUUAGAAAGUUCAAAGUAAGGAAAAAGAAGCAAAAGAAAAAAAAAGAAAAAAAAAAAAGAAAAGAAAAGAAACGAAAAAAAAAAAAAAAAGAAAAGAAGCAAACGCAUCUCGCGUAUAUUGUAACAGUAUUUUUUUUUUUAUUUUUUUUUUUUUUUUUUUAGAAUACCAUUUGUACUCCUCUUACAAAGAGUGCAUUUUAUUUAUCAAUGAAGUUCCAAAGAGUUUUGCAAUCUCGCACAAGCGAUUCUUGCGUAUAAUAAGAUAUAGAGAGAAAGAAGAUUUUAAAGAAAAUUCAUAAAAACAAAAUUGGAUGUUGAUCAUUAAAAAUCCUUUUUGUUCUAUGAAAGUAUUCAAAAUUAUAAUAAUAUAUACAUAAUGUUUUCCAAAGUCGAGAGAACACAGGGUAACACUAGUUUUACAAUAUAAUUAUUAUUAUUGUCAUUAUUAUUAUUACUAUUAUUAUUAUUAUUAUUAAUACUAUUAAAAAAAAAAAAAAAAAAAAAAAAAAAAGAAAGAAAUAAAUAAAAAUAACAGAAAAACAAACGAACGAAGAAACAAACAAACAAAGAAAAAAAAAAAACGAAUGAUUUAAUGUCGAACGUGUGACAAUUGAUAAAAAUAACGAAUGGAACGUUAAAUAUAUACGGACACAAAAUAUGAUCAUGACAAUUUGAACAUAUGCAUGUAUGUAUGUAUGUGUCUCGUUUACUCGUUAUUACAGUCAUGAACAUAUUUAAUAAUAAUAGUCAAUUGGAAUUUCAUUUUUAUCGUGAGUAAGUCAGUUUAUAAUUUUAAGUGUUUAACGAUGAACAAUAUAGUCGGACGAUGCUAUAUAAUGCUGCUUUAUAUAUAUAUAUAUAUAUACAUAUAUAUAUAUAUAUACUAGAAUUGCAAUAUAUUUGAAAAUGUAUUCUUGUAUACACAUCCUCGACUUCCAAACAUAAGGACGCAUAUAUUUUAAUGAUUGUAUAUAAACAGAAACUGUGACGCUUAUUUUCCAUUAUCGUGUGUUUCACAAGCCAAUAUAAAAUUUCUUCUUAAAAAAUGCAUUACGUGUUAUUUAAAGAGAACUGUAUUCGCGAAGUGUCUUCUGGAAAUAAUCAUCAUUUUCGAAAAUAAAAUAAAAUAAAAUAAAAUAAAAUAAAAUAAAAUAAAAAAAAAGAACAAAGAAAGAAAUAAAAGAAACGAGCGAUUCCACCCAAUUAAAUUGUACAUGCAAAGGAGCAUAUAUAUAUAGUCUUAAGCAUUUUUAUACAAAAUAUUACGAAGUAUUGUGAUCAUAUACCAAAACAAAAAAAACAUACACAUACACGCGUGCGGCGUGCAUGUACACACUCACAAUCACACGCACAUACAUACACACACACACACACAUACACACACACAUACGGAGACAGACAUAAAAAUAACCAGAACAAAAAUCAUAGACAAUGUAUUUUAAUUUUUAAUCAAAUAUAUUUCAUUUCAAGAAGAAAUUGUGAAAUAAACUGUAUCGAUAAACGUGUGCAUUAAGAUAAUCACAUUUUAGAUCGAUAAAUGAUACAGGUGAGUAUAUACUGACGAUUUACAAAAUGAUUGCAUAUAAUAUAAUAUAACGAUCAUUAUAUAUAUAUAUAUAUAUGUACUAAACAUAUAGUAUUACAAACGUGCUUAUGCCACCCUAAUUUAUUAUAUAGGAAAUCUAUUAAUUAAGUAUAUAUAUAUACUUAAUAAGUAAUGGAUUAUAUAUCACAUUUUCAUAUUACAUUACAGUAAAAAUAAGUCUUCGAAGAUUUUGUUUAAAAAUCAGUAUUGGAUUCAUUCUUUGUGAUAAAGACGGCGUAUAAAGGGAGCAAGUAGAUUCAUUAAACGUAAACUGGAUCUGUAAAAAAGACGAUUUAAUGAGAAUAAUAAAUUGGUUCUUAACUAUGAUAAUUAUUCGAAAAGAAGAAGAAGAAGAAGAAGAAGAAGAAGAUAGAAGAUAGAAGAUAGAAGAAAGUUUAAAAUAUUUACCUGUGUGUAGAUUUCGGUGAGACAGUUGGUUUCUCCAAAUGUUCGACAUUUGGUUUCUCAUCUUCUGGUUUGGCAUUGUACAACAUAGAUUCGAGCAACGAUAUGUCAGAUUGAUUGGUACCAAUGACAUCACCAGCCAAUAAAAGAGCUUCGACUGGUGCAACGACCACAACUACGCCGUCAACGUGAAUACGAUAAUUGUCAGUACCAUUUUGUCUUUGAUCAUAAUGAUCACCGGUGUUAGCAGAGAGUGAUGAGGAUGAAGUCGUAGAUGAAGAUUCCUCAAUUGGCAAACACCUUACGUGGGUUCCAACAAAUGCGAAUAAUAAUAAAAGAGUUGUAGUUUUGAACAAUCUCAUAUUAAUCGAGAACAUUGUUAGAUCCACGACGUUAUAUAUA